AUGGUAAAUCAACCCCCCUUGUCGGCGUUGUGUGGUAAUGAUGGGGUGAAACAGAUGGGCGCCAAGAAGACCAAGAAGGGGCGAGGUUCGCGAAAACGAAACAUCGACGUUGAUCCUGCGCAACAAAAAGUCACGAUUGCGACGUGGAACGGGCACCGCGGACGAGGCGGCCGGACGAGCACUCCGCCGGAAUCGCAGGAGGGCCCGGCUCAACCUCCUCGUCGUCCUUCCUCCUUGACAUCGGGUACAACACCGCUGACGACGACGACGACUUCGACGAAGACGACAACAGCACGAGCAGCGCAGAGAGAAAGGGAUGGUGCCGUAGGGGCUGCCGGAAGGAAUCGCUACCCCGCCGCUAGUGGUCGUGCUCAAGCACCACUAAGUGGUAAGACGAAGCCCCCUCUUACGCUAGAGGAGCUGUCCGAGGGAAUGCUAACGCAGGAAGCCAUCCGGGUGGCGGCGGGGAAGGCGACGACACGACAACUACGAGACGUCUCUAGGCUCCAAAUCGUUAUCGACAGCUCGAUGGUCAGCAUUGAAGGCGUGUGGGACGCGGUGCCCAAACUCCACACCCUAACUCUCGACGGGAGCCGCCUCGAAAGCUUUCGUGACCUCGGGGUGGGCCUCAGGCACCUCAACACGCUGUCCUUGGAGUCAUCCUGCGUGGAAGAUUUGGACGGGAUCGGGGCAUUGUCUGGGCUCCGCGAGCUGCGCCUAGCGCGGAACCAGGUAUCGGACGUGACUCCCCUGGCUUGCCACGGGUGCUUGCAAGUUUUGGGCCUUGAGCGGAAUCGUGUCAACGACAUGAAGGCUCUGGAGAUUCUGAGCUCACUGCCUCUUCUAUACAGCCUAAACUUAAGCCAGAACCCUCUCACGGAGUCCCUGAGCAAGCUUCGCGACGGGAGAGGGAGAGGAGUGGUGCGCCAACUCAUCCCUCAGAUUAGAGUCCUCGAUGGCAUCCACCUUUCCAGCGGGGAGGGCGGCGCGGUCGACGCCCAAACGUUGGAUGAGGCCGUCGACCUCAUCUGCCGGGACGCGUCUCGCGCUCGUGCGGCCUGGUCCGAGGAAGGCGUAACGGAGGUGGUGGCGGCAGCGGCAGCGGUAGGGGCUGCAUCAACCGCGACGACCAUCAAGGUUGUUCAGCAAGAUCGAUGGCGACCCGAUGGAGUUGGUAAAGAUGAAUGCCUCCCGCUGGCCGGGUUGAAUAGUUGUUUUCCUCGAUCACCUACCAAGCCAGGGGUGGCGACGGUGGCGGGGUUGGGCGGAGGUGGGUCCCCGAUACCACCGCAGCUGGUGCCCGGUCAAGGGGGAGGCAUACACUGGGAUAGUGACUUGACUCAAGGGGGGCGACAGGCACUAUCUGGGAACCCAAGCUCUGCGAUUCGAAGGCACCAGUGCAGGGGAGGGACGGGCAACGGUCGGAAUGAAGACACACCAACACGGGUUCUGGAAACGUUAGACCUUGCUAAGGUCAUGGAGCGGGGGCUGAAACAGAGGCACAGCACGCAGCAAUCGGCAGACAGGGUGUCGGAGUGGCGGAGAGAAACAAGCUCCGAUUCCGUCCCUCGAGAAGAAGACCCUUCGUAUGAGCCGCUCGACGGAACUGCUCCGCCUUCACCGCUAGUGCUAGAAGCCAUACCUCUUUCAUCGUCGAGCGCUGUCGAUGGUGGGUUUGACCGUCGAGCGCGACUAAUCGAAGGUGGACGAAAGGAUAGCGGCAUCCUCGCACCGAAAGCAACAACAACGUGGGCAUCGUCGACGACAAGUGUGGCCAACCCCCCGAAGUCAUCAGCAGCAGCAGCGGCAGCAGCUGCCGACGAUGGCGUGAGGAAAACACUGUCGACGGGGAAGGGAGGGACGCGAGCCUCGUCCGGCAGGCCGUGGACAAGCGAAGGCGUUUUCGGGGCUAGCAGCAGGGGCGGCGGGACCGCAAGCGCCACGAAUCAACGGCGGGCGCCACCUGGGCAAGAACGACACUGGGGCGCGGCGGGCGACGAUAGAGGGGAGUCCGGAGGGAGAAGGAGGGGAGGGGAAGGGGAGCCGGAGGCGCGGUCCCAUCGGCGCCGUCGCCGCCCUCAGACGGCCAAGGAGGCUCCCGGGAAGCGAUGCAUGAAUGGAGGACUUUUCGACGGCGAACAAGACGAGAUGUUCCGGAACUACAGAAACGCCUCCUGGCAGCCGGUAUGGGAGUCGCUCCAGACCGCACGGUUGAUCUCCUCUCCGAGGCUCUUCCAGACCACGAACACGAGCGUGGCAGCACCAAACCCGGCAGCCGCGGCCGGCGUUGAACGGGGUGAUUUGGGAGGCGGGCCUGCAACGCAAGCUGGCGAUGGGGCGCGGUGGAAAAUCGGCAGCGUCGACUUUGGGCGGCAGAGGCGGGCGAGAGCGACGGUGAGAGCAUCCCGGGGAGGGGAUGAUGCAAACUAUCUCGACCUCGACGAGACUGACGGCGCGAGCUCUGCCCGAGACGAAGGGGAAGGGGCCGAGAGCAGCGGCGGUGACGACUCCCAGGAGGCCGACGACAGAACCGAGAUCAAGAAAAGGGCGUCGGGUUUCUGUUCUCCUGCUUCUAAGGCGUCCGUCGGGAGCGGAAUAGCCUCUCGUUUAUCCACCUCUAGGUCCCGCGGCGUCCCGACUUCGUCUUCCUCCCCGUCGGCGGUGUUACCGGCGGAGGCGGCGGCAGUAGCAUCGUCCACGAGCGCGGUUGCUUGCGAGUGGAAGAACGAGGCCACACCGCAGCAGCCAGGAGAUAAACCUGUAGAGGGCAACAGCAGUGGUCGACAACCUCCGAAGGCCCGGCGGAGAGAAGCCGUGAGUUCAUUUUCGUGGAGACCACUGAAAGUCAUGGACGACACGAGUAGCAGCGGCGGCGGCAGCGACAACAACAGCAGCGAGGAUGACGGAGGUUGCUGCGUCAGGAGAGCUUUCAAACUGGCAGCGCCGGGGAGGAAAAUGAGCGUUCGUCACACGGAAGAUGGUCGCCGUGGGAGUUGUAGUGGUGUUGCUGUUGGUGUUGGUGCAAGAGCUGCUGUUGGGAGCGACGGCGGGGGAAGGGAUGGCGAUAGUAGCAGUAUUACUGGUGGAUUCAGGCCGUCACCAAAUAGGGUCACGUCAGUUCACGCGAGCCGUAAGCUGGGGUUCGACCUGAAGAGGUCUCUGGCGGCGAUCGAGGAGUGGACUGACAAGACCCCGGCAGGGGCGAUCAUCGGCGGCGGCAACCACUGUGCGAACACUCCGCGCCAAGAGGCGCCGAACGACAGCAGAAAAAAUCAGCCAGCGCCGUUCUUCGUCGAACACACCCCUUCCCUUUCCCCUUCCCCAAGAGGCACAGCACCCUUCUCCUCACCCCCGGUCAAAUCGAAUUCACUUGCCGUGCGAGAGUCCAAAGGUGGUGGUUGUCUGUCGAGCGCCGUGAUAUCCGAUAGCAGCAUGAUGCCACAGACAAUCGACCACAGAUCUCGGGCGAAGGCGACGGUCGUCCCCGAUAUCAUUGGCAUUGCACGGACCGACGACGGCGACGACGACGGCGACGACGAUGGGGAGCCGGUGCUAAGCGUCGCCGCGGCGAGAGCAGCGCUCGGCAUGAGCAAAGGGUUAACCGCCGCCGCCACUUCCACAACCCCACGGAGCGGGCGUGCAUGGGUUGCUCCAACACCGGCCGAGAUAGACGCGCUCACCGCCGAAGGAAUCGACGGACGCGUUGGUCUCGUUCCCUCCUCCUCCGCGACUCAAGCGUGUGCCUCCAAGCGGAACGAAUACGAGAGCAGGCAGGCAGGCUCGGCAGGGUCUUUAGCAGGCGUAGCCGUAGGAAUGUGCGACGAGGACCUCAAGGAGAUGCUCAAGAAGCAGCCCCGAAUGGUGCCGGAGCUCCGCACCAAGGAGCACUUCAGGGAGUUCUUCCAGGGGAUGGGGGCCGAGCGGAUGGAGCGACUCCUCCGAGGGGCGUACGAAGACUUGUCGCCGGACCAGGUUGGCAAGAAGGUCAAGAAACGCCUUGGGCUUGUGGGAGACAAGCUGGCGUGGUGA